UGGUGCGUCCGAGCUGCUGGGUGUGCAGCCGCCGAGGGCGCCGGAGCAGCAGCGGCCCACCGGCGGAGGCGGGCGGGCGGCGCGUCCCGAGCAAGGAGCGGGAAGCCGAGCGAGGCCCGAGCGAGCGCGCUUGGUGCCGCCGCCCGAGGGAGCCGUGGGGCCCGCGGGGCGUUGCGCAGCCUCGGCCGCUGCUCCGUCCGGCCACCAGGCCGCAUCUCCGGGCUGAUCGCGGGAGAUGGCAGACGCGGCGGCCCCCGGGGAAGCCUCGGAGAGGCACUGCUGGGUCUGUUUUGGCACAGAGAGCGAUGACCGCUCAGCUGAGUGGGUCUGCCCCUGCCGCUGCAAAGGCUCUACCAAAUGGAUCCACCAGGCCUGCCUCCAGCGGUGGCUGGAUGAGAAGCAGAAAGGCAACAGCACAGGCAGUGUGAGCUGCCCACAGUGUGGAACAGAGUAUCGCAUUGUCUUCCCCAAACUAGGACCCUUGGUGUAUUUCUUGCAACAAGUGGACCGAAUUUUAUCCAAAGUGAGCCCCUUCGCUGCAGCCGGCAUUGUCGUGGGGACACUCUACUGGUCGGCUGUUACGUAUGGGGCUGUCACUGUCAUGCAGGUUGUUGGUCAUAAAAAGGGCCUGGAUGUGAUGGAGAGGGCAGACCCCCUUUUCUUGCUCAUGGGGCUCCCCACCAUCCCUGUCAUGCUGGUGCUGGGCAAGAUGAUCCGCUGGGAAGACUACGUGCUGCGGGUGUGGCGGAAAUACUCCAGCAAGCUCCAAGCCCUGCAGGCCUUGGUGCCAGGGAUCAGCCGCCCUGUUCCGCACAUCCCUCUCGCCGAGUCGCGCUACCAGAGUGACCACCUCUCCAUCUCGCGCACGCUGUGCGGGGCCCUGGUCUUCCCCACCAUUGCCAACCUAGUUGGCAGAGUCACCUUCCGCAGGGUGAACUCCAGCCUCCAACGUACCAUCCUGGGGGGUAUUGCUUUUGUGGCCUUGAAGGGAGCCCUGAAGGUCUACUUUCGCCAGCAGCAGUAUCUGAUCCAAGCCAACCGGCGCAUCCUCAACUUUGUGGAGAAAGGGGACAUGGAAAGGAACUCCACUCAGCUCGAUGAGGACAGCGGCAGUGAAGCAGGGCUCAGCUAGGGCAGGAAAGGCACCCAUGCACGCUCUUCAAAAGAAACUGGAUUUCUCUCUGGGAUAGAUUUUAGGCCAGUCGGCUCCACUCUCAAGAGAAAGCACUCGAGGCUUCUCUGCUGUGGAUUGCGGCAAGGGCGAGGUGCUCCAUUUAGACCAGACUGGGCAAAGUCUGCUUCUUCUUAAGCUGGUGUUUUAUCGGCAGUCUGGCUCUUUGACUCUCUUCUGCAUGGUUGCUCCCCUUGCACGGGUCUCUGCUCUGAUCUCUUUGUAAACCAGGAGUUAAAUAAAAUAAGAGAGUCAAGCUGUAAGUGUCCUCUUUGUGGCCAUGGAGAAUUGCUACUGCUGCUUUACUUGGUUUAUUGAAGAACAAUGCAGAGGUUUGCUUGUUUCUUUUCCCAGCCUUCCCCAACCCAGUGCCCUCCAGGUGCUACGGGGCUACAACCCCCCUCAGACCCAGCUGGCCCGGCCAGUGGGUCAGGGCGGCUGGACAUAGGGGCCCUGCAGCAUCUGGAAGGCUACAGCUUCUCCCGACCCCAGGCCUGAGGCAGGCUGGUAUGGGGAAAGGCUAGCCAGUCUCCUGCCAGGGGUGCAAAGAGAUGGUGCAGCUCAGGUCUUUUUGGAAAUGCAACUCUCUGUUUAUGAAAUCCUCUCUCCUCCCCACCCCCAGUACAGCAGACCACCCUCUGCAUUAGCUUUUGCCAACUUGGCCCAGUCCCAACUCCAUCAACUCUCAUGAGAGUUGUCAUCCAGAAUGCUCUGCUGGUGCAGGGGGGCUCCCUCUUCCUCUCCUCCCCCUCUGCACCCCCAAAUGUGCUCUGAAGGGGCCUCCUGCACCAAGCCCAUCCUCAAAGGACAAUGCCCACUGCUGAAUUGGAGCAAGCAUUGUUGGGUUUUCUCCAGUUUGACGUUUUCUCCAAUUGAGCACAAAAUAGCAGGUUUAGUGGGGGGAAGCGGCAGGGCCAUGCCUAGAAAGCACGGGGCAAGUGGGAAAUGGCUUGGACUCUUGCUUGCCAGGCAUGGGGCAGGUGUGGACGAGCCCAGAGACUAAGGAGGAAGAAGCUGACUGGCAACGUAAUAAAAGGAAGUGGAGGCUAAGCGAGGGCAGGCAGAUGUGGAUGUGGCCCCAGCAGCCCAUAGCAAGAGCUGGCUUUGGCACUGCAUACGACACCCCCAUGGUAAGGUUACCAGAUUUUUUUUAAUGAAUCCAGGGACACUUUUCAACAUUAAUGGAUUUUGUAUGGGGACAGAUUUGUAAAUCUGGGGACUGUCCCUGGGAAACGGGGGUGUCUGGUAACCUUACUGAAAUAUACUUGGAGUCGAGAGUGAAUUUCAUGCUCUUUAUUCAGGUUGUGGUAGCAAUAGAGGAAGAAGAGAAGAAGAAUGGCUCUUUCCCCAAAAACGUCUGCUUAUAUACAUUAUUUACACAAUGGGCCUUGCGUGAUUGGCUACUUCAGGGCUGCACCUGUGGGCCAAUCAGGUUGCGGAUUGAUUUCUGCCAGCAGCCUGAUUGGCUGCUCCUGUAGGCCAAUCAGGUUGCGGAUUAACUUCUGCCAGCAGCCUGAUUGGCUGCUCCUGUAGGCCAAUCAGGUUGCUGAUUCACUUCCAUCUGGAGCUGGAUUGGGUGGCUCCUGCAGACCAAUCAGACUGCUGCAUUCUGGAUCCUAUUGUUCUAGGAUUCAGCUCAGUACAGUACAUAACUCUUACCUCAUGGAAUCCAGCUGUUUACAGAAGGGAAAGGUCCCCCACCCCACGUUAUCAGCUGAUAUUGAUUUGCAAAUUAAGUGGGCAAGGAGAAAGCAGCACUAGAGAUGGUUCUGUCAAUUGUCACAGAAGGCCAGAUCUUAUACCUUUUAUUAUUGGGACUAGACCAGAGGAGGCCCAAGGGGUUGUUAUUUUUUAUGGCAUACCAUUAAGGAGCCACUAUGGUCUUCCCCUCCCAGAGCUGCAAUUCCCAGAGUUCCCCGAGAAGAAGGAUUGCCUGUUACACUGCUGGGGGACAGAGAGAGGGACUUCUAACAAUUCUCAUCACCCUUAACAGGCCACAGUUGCCAGGAUUAUUUGGGAGCAGCCAAAACUGUUAAAAGUGGCAUCAUAGCGCAGGGCGCAGGUGGCGCUGUGGGUUAAACCACAGAGCCUAGGGCUUGCCAAUCAGAAGGUUGGCAGUCCCAUUGCUCGGUCGCAGCUCUUGCCAACCUAGCAGUUUGAAAGCACGUCAAAGUGCAAGUAGAUAAAUAGGUACCGCUACAGCGGGAAGGUAAACGGUGUUUCCGUGUGCUGCUCUGGUUCGCCAGAAGUGGCUUUGUCAUGCUGGCCACAUGACCUGGAAGCUGUAUGCCGGCUCCCUCAGCCAAUAACGCAAGAUAAGCGCCGCAACCCCAGAGUCGUCCGCGACUGGACCUAAUGGCCAGGGGUACCUUUACCUUUACAUAGCGCUUUAAAUGCGUGGUGUGAGGGUGGUCUUUGAGCCAGUCGGGGUGUCUCAGCCUGGCCUACUUCAUGGGGUUGUUUUGAAGAUAAAACAGGGAGGGCAGAGAACCAUGUACACCACCUUGAGCUCCUUGGGAGGAAAGGUGGUAUAUAAAUGCCAUGUAAAGCUUUUUCAUCUUGCUAAGAGUCGCAACCUGUGGCCUCCCAGAUGUUUUGGACUGCAGCUCCCAUCAGCCCCAGCCAGCAUGUUGUUUUGUCAUUCAAAACAUUUGAUUGGGGAAGACUAUGCAAGUUUGGGGGGGGUGUUGUUUGGACAGGAUGGGAAAGUAGCAUCUAUCAGGGAGGUGCAGAAGCUCAGUGGUAGAGGUUUUCUUUCAAUCAAACAGUAUACAAAUUUUGUUAAAUGAAUAAGACAGCAAGGUUAUUGAAUUAAUUAUGAAGGUUACGGACAGCCAAGCUGCUUCACUGAGAAGAGCAGCCCAUGGCAUAGACCCCAGGGUCAUGUGAGAACUCAUCCACCUAAUUAAAAAAUAGUAAAAGUGCAUUCUUACUUGGCCACAAGGUGGUACUGGUGGUCUAAGGAAUGACACGAAGGUUUCUCUCUGUCCCACAUUUCCAAAUACUGUACAGUGAAUGGGUUUAAGGGUGUUUAUUGUGGGAUUGGUGUUCCUCACGCAUACAGGCUUUUCAUAGCAUCCACAUGGUAUUGUGGGUAUCGAAAUGCCAGCCUGCAUUCUCACCCCCCCAUUUAAUCCAGAUAUACAUUUUCCACUGAAAAUCCAAUAAGGUUUUUUAAAACAAACAAAC